AUGCAAUCAGCGUUCAAAGCCCGCUGGGGAACCAGGGAGCCACUGUUUUUGUUCAAGGCAAUCACAGAGGCUGGGCUCGCCUAGAAUUCACAUGGAAUCACCGUAGAGAGGGCUGGUGGCUUGGAAGAGGUAGAGAAGGCUGGGGGUCGGAUGGGCACAGUGCAAGUGCUUCACACGAGUCCUUUCACUGGUCCCUGGCAGAAUGUGGGAUGGAACACUUUCAUUGUGAGUUACGAACAAGGAAAGGGGGGCCCUGAGAGGGAGGGAAGAAAUGAGGGCCCGGCCAGGGGAUGUGGAGCUGCAGCCAAACCCUCUUGA